AUGUACGUAAAUGCACAGGAUGUAGAGUUCAGUAACGAAGCUACUUUGCUACUGAUUGAAGGCAUCAGAAAACGCUAUGCAGAGUUGUCUUCCAAUAAUCGAUCUCGACCUCAGGUGUACAAAGAGUUGCAUGAAGAACUGACUAUGCAUGGGUACAAUUUCUCUCAAGAAAGAAUUAGACGGAAGUGGAACAACCUUCUUGGAACGUUUAAAAGGGUCAAGAAGGAAUUUUCUCCAAAGAAACCUCCCUGGGAAUAUUACCAGGUAUUUCUCUCCACUUUAUAUUCAGAAUAUACAGUACAGCCUCUCCAGAAAAGGAGAGCUAUGGGACGACUACGAAAAAAGGAAAAAAAAAGAGAGAGAAUGAAAAUCAGAGCUCUAAGAAAGAUUGGGAAAGAACUACAAACAAUAGCAAAAACUCAGUGUGAAAUACUCAAGAAACAGGAUCAAAUAUUACAGGCUAUAAAAGCAUCAAAGGUUUGAUAAUUAUUUUAUUGAAUUUAACAAAUACA